CCACCACGCCGCGUCCACAUCCCUCCCCCUGAAACACAACAGUAUUUGGUAUAACGGGAAGCGGUCGGUUCUACCUAAAGUUUACCUACGUCUAGAGACAUCUUCUACUAUUCCUUAAUAAGUGCGCCUUGUUCACAAGGAAUUUUCUGCUGUUGCACUUCGCACUAACAGCAAACCCGAGUGCCCCCGGAGCAGCUUCAUCGGCAGAAGAUGGCACCGAAGGCGGACGCGAAGAGCAAAAUCCCCAUCACGGUGGUGACGGGGUUCCUGGGCGCCGGCAAGACCACCCUGGUGAACCACAUCUUGACCGCCAACCACGGCAAGAAGAUUGCUGUGAUUGAGAAUGAGUUUGGCGAGGUGGGCAUUGAUGAUGCGCUGGUGAUGGAGAGCAAGGAGGAGAUCUUUGAGAUGAACAACGGCUGCGUGUGCUGCACGGUGCGCGGCGACCUCAUCCGCAUCCUAAACAAGCUCAUCAAGCGCAAGGGCAAGUUCGACGCCAUCCUCAUCGAGACCACGGGGUUGGCCAAUCCGGCGCCCGUCAUCCAGACCUUCUUCGUGGAUGACGACAUCAAGGACGCCUGCCUGCUGGACGCGGUGCUGACGGUGGUGGACGCCAAGCACGUGACGCAGCACCUGGACGAGGAGAAGCCGGAGGGCGUGGUCAACGAGGCGGUGCAGCAGAUCGCGUUCGCGGACAAAGUUCUUCUCAACAAGACGGACCUGGUCAGCGCCGAGGAGCUGCACCGGCUGCGCCACCGCAUUCAGCACAUGAACAAGCCUGUCGAGAUCAUCGAGUGUGUUCGCUCCAACGUCGACGUGGGCCGCCUGCUGGGCAUUAACGCGUUCAGCCUGGAGAAGCUUCUGGCCAUGGACCCGGAAUUCCUGGAGACGGGCGAGGAGCACCACCACCACCACCACCACCACGGCCACGAUCACGGCCAUGACCACCACGACCACAAGUGCACGGAGUCUUGCAAGGACGGCGCCCAUGACCACUCCCACGACCACGACCACGACCACAAGGAGCACGAGGGGCACAAGCACGAGGGCGAGGGGCACGAGGGCGAGCACGCGUGCACGGACAAAUGCAAGGACGGCCAUCAUGACCACGAGCACGGCGAGGGCCACAAGCACAAGCACCACCACGACCACAAGCAUGACGACCGCGUCACCUCUGUGGGCUUUGAGAUUGACGGCGAGAUGGACAUGCCCAAACUCAACAUGUGGCUGUCCAAGCUGCUGCAGGAGCGCGGCCCCGACCUUUACCGCUCCAAGGGCAUCUUGGCGAUCAAGGGCUCAGACGACAAGCACGUGUUCCAGGGCGUGCACAUGCUGCUGCAGUUCUCCAGCUCAGCGGAGGGCGUGGGGCGGCCGUGGCGCGAGGGCGAGAAGCGCCUCAGCAAGGUGGUGUUCAUCGGCAAGAACCUGAACCGCAAGGAGUUGCUGGAGGGACUCCAGAGCUGCCUCGCCGCGCCCGCCGCCGCACCCGUCGCCGCCGAGGCGAAGUGAGCAGCAGGCACGCACACGCUCAGAGACGUGCGCGCCCUGAGACCGCAGCGAGUCGGCUCCUCAGCGACCCCUCGUACGCCCGGCGCGCGCGCGCGCCCUUGCGUGCAUGUCCCUGUUCCCUUGUGGUCGCAGGAGACGCGCUGUAUGUGCGGGGUGCUGCGUACUUCGCACUGUUUGUGCGCGCGCGCGCACGUGCAAGUGCUUUGUUGGUGAUGCGCGGUGCUGCUGUGAGGUCCCCACGCGGACGGGUUGGGAUUGCAUGGUGACAAAGCGCAUGAACGUUGCCUGCUGGGCACACGCGGGUGAGGGCGGGUGCGUGUUGGAAGCUGUGUUGUGGGCCUUUGGGGAUGUUUACAUGGUUGACAAGAGCAUGAUGACGGCACCCGGCAUGCAUAUGUGGAUGCCAUAGCAUGCAGGCCAGCUGAACGAUCCGGCAGGAGCUGCGUUUACUCUAUUGAUUGUCACCCGAGUACGGUACAUGCCAUCAAUGGUGUUAAGUUGUUGCCUCUUUGCGGCAGUAGCGUGGAAAGGCAUUUGGACGUAGGGGAGGGGUGUAUGUUUGCUGUUGGGGCUCCGGUCACCGGAUUACCGGUUCUGGAUAGGUGUAUGUAUGGUACGGUAUGGCGUACGGCGUGUGGUGAAACGACCGGACUGUGGAUGCACAAAUACCGGCUGUGGCUGGCGGACGGAGCGCCCGCGCGCGCAUGUAAGUUUACCACCAACUGGUGGCAGCGGUGUUAUGUACAGUGCCCUCCACUCGUGGCUCUUGCCGCGUCCCCACAGGCCGAAGCAAUGUGUUGAGUGUGCGUGUGCGAAUGGACAGUGUUAAGGCAGGUUGGUGAAGUCCCGCAGGGUGCAGCUGAACAGACGACCACUCAGGAUGGUGUAUUGGGGCUCGCGCUGAGACAGGAUCGACCCAUCUAGCUCCCUACACUGCCAGGAAGCGGAAGGACGUCGCCCAGUACCGCACUACAUACCGGUAGUCGAUUACGUCUAUGGUGGACUGCGUCUAAUAUCAUAAGUAUAGUCUUUACUGUAAACUGCACCGCGC